UUGAACACGGAACCUUUAGAGUGCGACGAGGAGUGCGAAUUGGAACAGAGAAACAGACAGCUACUGAGCGCGCUCACAGACGCGUCCGACGCGCCGAUGGAAGGCGAUAUUGUGUCGCGGUUCCUGCUUCUCGAAAAAACCUAUACACCAUACGUUCUGUCUCUGUACUCGCAGCAAAAAGUGUGGUGCGAGAGCAUAGAGCAGAUUUUGCAGAAGCUCGUUUCGCGCGAGCUCGGCAGACAGACGUACCAUUUCCGUCCGAUGAAAAAGCUACAGCGGAAAUUCAUCCAUGAGCUGGCCGAAUCGUACAAGCUCUACAGUGAGAGCCAAGACCCAGAGCCCAAAAGGAGCGUUUUUGUGAGACUCCAGGUGAGCUCAAGACUGCCGAAAAUCGGGCUGAAGGAGGCGUUGUUCGUGUCGGAGAGGAUGAAAGAGAAAGAGAGAAAGAAGCGCGAGCGGGCAAUCCAAAUUGAAGAGCUGCGGCAGCAGAGUGCCGAGUUCAACGCCAUAGUCGUGAAAGACCCGUUCAUGGGCAUGACUGCAGAGAAGCUCGCAGCAGAGCUUCCUGAAGAGUUGUCUGUGAAAUGGCUUAUGGACUCGUUUGUGAUUUAUGGGGACUUUGACGAAUCCCAGCUGCGUGCGCUGAAGCCAGAAAUUAAGGAAGUUCUCACUAGUAAGAACCUUGCCAUGGACUGUGCUCUGGCCAAGACCGACAUUCCACGUACACUGAUCUAUGAUGUGGAGCAGACCACGGAACUGCCUGCCGAAACAAAACUGGAACCGGACCCUAAUAGACUGCUCAUCAGUACCUCUUUUGAUUGGUACUAA